CGUAUAUGUCAUCUCGCAAAACAACAACUUUUUGACACAUGUCCAAAAAAAUACCAAAAAUAGAAACCUCAGUGAAAAUUGUAAUAAAUUUUAAAACUUUUCGCCAAAUAGGCACAAGAAUUUUGUAAUCGACCUCCCAAAGAGUAAAACUCUUUGGAAAAAUUACAUUUUCAUUAAGUUUAAAGGCUAUACAGCAAGGAAACGCAUGGCGGCCGCCCCCACCGAAUUCACCAAAUGGCUCAAUCAAAAACUCAAGGAAUUGAAUACAGAUGAAACUGUUUUUGGUUCCUAUAUAACGGGUAUACUCGAGGAUGAUGAUAGUCUGGAGGAAAAGAAAGAGGCACUGGAAGGCAUACUCAGUGAGAUAUUGACUGAUAACAUUGCCGAAUUUAUUGAAUCCAUUUUGGAUAAAUGGCAAGCGUGCACCCCCAAGGAAGACGAUGCCAACAAGUCUGCCAAACUGAAUGUGGAUGAACAAUUGGCCAAGCUAUUGGAAUCCACUAAAGUCCAGGCCGUAGUCAAAGAACGCCAAUACACCGAAGAAGAGAAAAAGAUAAGGGAACAAAUCUUGGCGCAAUACUCACAGACUGAAGUAUCCGAUGAGGAAUAUGAACCAGCUCAAUCCGACGAGGAGGACAAUAAACAUGGUGGCGGCGGUGGUGGUGGCGGUUUAACCGGCAUUGAACGCAACACUAAUGCCCUCGAUGUUCAGAAUCUUAUCAAAGAAAAACGCGAACAGGCCCGCCUUGAAUCGGCGGCAAAGAAACAAAAGGACAAGGAAGAUCGAGAAAAACAAAAACAAAUGCGCGAGGAGAAAAAAGAGAAACGUAAAACUGUCAAAGGCGAACGUAGACGGUAGCAUGUGGGCAUAUAAGGUAUUUAAUAUCCUAUUUUUCUCACAUAUAAAAUAUCGAAAUCCACGUAGAAUGUAUUUAAAAAGUACGUAAAACCCUUUUCCUAAAAACAGUUUUUUUUUAUUAAUAAAUUAUGGAUGUUACAUUGAACGAAAGGGAA